GAUUUGUAGUUAUUUAAAGCCAAGAAACAUUAACGUAAAACGAAAUUUAAAACAUAUAUUAUUAAACUAACGUAAACCUAUAAUACAAUUUUAAAAUGUGUUAUAAUAGAGGCUGAUAUAUUUUUUAUUUGUUGCAUAGUUUUGACACAUCUGGCUUGAGACACUUUCAGAUUUCGGGACUACAAACGUUAACCGGAAGUAGUUGAAGCGAUUUGGGGUUUGUUUGGUUUUCUGCAUAACUGUUGAGAUGAGAUUUGCUCCUCACUCACUGUCCAUCUUGAAAACGUUCAUCAGUCGGAGAUCAAUAGCUGUUGCACAAAGACGAGGCUUGAGCGGAGCAGCGAUGCGUCUGGUUCAGUUCUGUCGCCACGGUGAUGGUGGGGGCAUCCGAGUGGGGGUGGAGCAGGGCGAGGGGCUCGAUGUGGUGGACCUGAAGGCAUUUGACCCCUCCAUGCCGUCUACCCUAAGAGGGCUGCUGGAGUUGGGGGACAAAGGACGGGAGUGUGCACAGAGAGCAUUAGCAUCAUGUCAGUGCAAGGUGAAUCGAGAACACAUUCAGCUGCUGUCUCCUAUUUUGGCCCCAGAGAAAGUGGUAUGUGUGGGUAUGAACUAUCGGGACCACUGUACCGAGCAGAACGCCCCCAUUCCCAAAGAACCCAUCAUCUUCAGCAAGUUUCCCAGCGCCAUCACCGGGCCGUACGAUGACAUUAUUCUGCCGUCAGAGAGCCAGGAAGUGGACUGGGAAGUGGAGCUGGCUUUUGUGAUUGGACGUAAAGGAAAGGACAUCAAGGAGGAAGACGCUCUCUCCUAUGUAGCUGGGUUCACUGUGGCCAACGACGUCAGCGCUCGGGACUGGCAGAUGAAACGCAAUGGGAAGCAGUGGCUGCUGGGAAAAACGUUUGACAGCUUCUGUCCUCUCGGUCCAGCCUUGGUGACCUCCGACGCUGUGAAAGAUCCUCAUAACCUGGGGAUCCGCUGCCUGGUUAAUGGAGACGUCGUCCAGAGCAGCUGCACUGAUCAGAUGAUCUUCAAGACUGCAGAGCUGGUUUCCUGGGUUUCAAAGUUUGUGACGCUAACUCCAGGAGACGUGUUCCUGACAGGCACUCCUCCAGGUGUGGGCGUGUUCAGGAAACCACCUGUCUUUCUUAAGAAAGGCGACGUGGUGGAGUGCCAGAUAGACCAGUUAGGCUCCAUAAUCAACAGAGUCAUCUGAACCUUGAGACCACGCUCCACGAAGGAAUGCCAGCUGUUCAGUGAGACGCCACCCUUUGAUUAGACGCCGCUGCUGUUCAAUCACCAGCAGCUAGCGCCGGGACUGCGUCCUCCGUGAUGAUUGUUUAUUCUGGACACUUCAACAAAAGCGAGGAUUGAAAAUGUGGUAUUUUUUACUACAUGGAAGUCUGCAAUUAUGUGACUCAACGUAAUGAAUCACUGUGAUCAGCGGUUGUAAAAGUGUCCAUCCGCCGCCUCCCACUCGCCAUACAGCACAACCCGUGAACCUCUUGACUUAUUUUAACGGGUAAAAAUAAAAGCUCUGAUUUUUUUUGACCAAUCAGAACGAUGGAGUGGAUAUUGUUCUAUUACUUAGGUAAAAGCAGCACAUUCUGACGUACCAGAUUUGCAUAUUAGAGAGAAUUAAGUUUGAGUAAAUCCUGAAUUGCCAGAAAGAAAA